AAAGAGGCCGGGGGAUGGAUGGCAACGACCCCUUUCCUCGGCACAUCUACAAAAUCGUGACGAAAAACGAGCUCCCAGCCGCUCUCAGCGCCGACGGACAGACAUUCGUCGGCUCAUCUCUCGACCUGCAGGACGGCUUCCUGCACCUGUCGACGGCAAAGGUCAUCACCGAAGUGGCCAGCAGAUACUUCCAGGUGCAUGCAGACACUCCGAUGCACAGAUCAAUUCAUGGAAUGGGUGUUGAUCUUCCUUCCUUCAGGGGCAGACAGACUGCGAGUUGAUUGAGUGGGACACCGCACUGCUCGACCAGCCUCCUCUGUGGACAGCUGAAGCGCCGGCCAAAAGUGACGACACCACGAGCAAGACGCCCUUCCACCUGCUAUCGAACGGCUGCGUUCACGUCUACGGCACGCUGCCUAUGAAGGCUGUCGCCAGGCACGUCCCACUGCCCUUCGAGAACGGCCUCUUCGUCUUCCCUGACCUGAGAGACUAA